GAGGAGGUUUUUGGACAGGGCUACCAACUCUGUCAUCAGUUCCUUGAAUGAGAUGCAGGGCUGCGCCGGGGUGCACGACGGAACCCCCGCGAUGGGCCAGAUGCUGUCUCAGGAUGCGAUACGCUGUGACGUCGCGUCCACUCCGCCAUCCCCGACCUUGUACACCAGACACGGGGCCGUCCGCGAGCUCUUGUCAGGCAUCGUUGACUAUGCAGGCAGCGAUUGCAGCACCACGGUUCGUCCCUAUCGGCGGGAUCAGGUUUCUCUUCCAGAUCCCGGGAGGCCCUCGGCGGAUCUACUGUCUACCCUCCCGGAGCCUGACCAGGAUUUGCUGAAGUCAUGGGAUACUCAUAUGCUUGCUGACCCUGCUGAUAUGGGGUUCUAUCGAGAGUCGGGACAUCAGUUUAGGUUGUACUUCGACGAGAUUUUUAAAGCGCAGCGAGGAGUCUACGUUGAGUUUUUGAGAGACCUUAGCGACGCCAAGGUGAUUGGUUGGACAGAGAAGCCUCUGAGCCUGGUGACCCCUUUCUUCGUAGUAAAGAAGCGCGACAGGUUACGACUCAUCAUGGAUUGCCGAAACACGAACCUCCUCUUCCGAGCACCCCCUGCCCCUGAGAUGGGCACGGCUGCAGCUUGGGGCAACCUGGAGCGUCCCGAGGCUCGUCCUGGAGCUGAGGCCGGCGGAGCUGACGACAGCGGAAGCGGCGGAAGCAAGCUCUGGGUAGCCCAGGCGGACGUGAAGGAUUGUUUCCACUGCGUUCGCAAUCUUCCAGAGCUGUGCCCGUAUUUUUGCAUGCCGCCGAUCACGGAGGGAGAGAGAGCCGACGCUGGUAUUGUUGGCCCUAGUGGCCUUGGGGAUCUGGCACGUGAGGUAUCGGUUUACCCUAUGCUGCUGACUCUUCCAAUGGGGUUCUCCUGGGCCUUCUAUUUCGUCCAGCGCCUCGUGGAACACCAGUGCAGAGUUUCCUUGGCUGGGGCUGGCUUGGCUUUCAAGUUCCUGAGAGACCAGGCCCCUGCUCCGGAUCUUGGGACCCAGUUGGCCGUUCUACCCUAUUGCGACAACAUCAAUGUGGCAGGCAUCAGGAGGGAGGAGGUGAAGGAGGCUAAGGAUGUGAUCGUUCGGAGGCUUCGUUUCGUGCAGUUCACUGUCCAUGAGGAGACCGAGCCCGAGACCCUGUCGUACUCGCUGGGUCGCGUUAUCGAUGGGGAGUCCUGGGUGGUUCGUAAUCGGUCUGAACGAGGGGAACGUCUUCGCAAGGUUUGCGAGGCUCUUGAGGGGGGUCAACCAGUGACGGGUAGGCAGAUGAAGCAGUACCUUGGCCACGUGGUCGAUUUCUUUCUGAUUAGACGGGAGGUCCUCUCGGUGCUCAGAGCCUGCUACGAUUUUGCGCAGGCCCUUGGGGAGGCUCCUGAGGACCUGGAGGUCAACCCAGGGUUCGACGAGAUCCCAGAGGCCUUCAUGGACCCCGACAAGUGGCACGAGGGCAAGAAGACGGCUCUGGCGCGUCACGGGGAGGGCGUGACCUCACGACUCCAGCGGCACCACCGGGGUUCCAUCCCAGCGAGGCCUGUGGGCUCGACGCCGCUGCGCCUCCAACGCCAGGGAGCUGUGGAGCGCAUCUCGGGUCCCUCGAGAGACAUCCGUCGAGAGAGGCGCCAGAGCAUCUUCGGGGCCUUCGAGCGUCUUGCCCUGUCGGGCCAGCAUUCCAUUCUCGAACGUCACUCGAUUACGGCACCCACGGAGGGCCUGUACACAGCCUGGUGGGAGGAGCUCCAGGAUUUUGUGGCCAUGAACGGCUACGCCUUGGACAGCGUGAGGAAUGCCGACAUUGCGCUGGUGGACUUCGCGGACUACUUGUUUCUCGAGGGGUUCGAGCGGCCCGACCUCAUGAAGAUGUACGCCGCUGCCGCCUGGCACCUGGCCGGCCUGUCCCCCAUCGGGAAGCUGCGUUUUCCGCGGUUCUCCCGCGCCGCUCGGGGGCUGGGCCUGCUGGCUCCAGCGCAGACCGUGCCGCCCGUCCCGUUCGAGCUGGCGUGCUGGAUCGCCUGGCACAUAUACCUCCGCCUCCAGGACUGGACCAUCCCGCUCUGCCUGCUGACCAUGUUCGCCUGCUACUUCAGGCCCGUGGACGUCCACAGCCUGAUGGAGGAGGACCUGGUGCCGCCAGGAGGUUCGAGCACUCACUGGGUGCUCAACGUGCACCCUGCCCGCCGCGGAGAGACGUCAAAGGUGGGGGUGUCCGACGAGGCGCUGCUCCUCGACUCUCCGUACCUCCCAGGUCUGGGCCCCGCGCUGCAUCGGCGACUUCGAGGCCAACGGCUGGCCAAGUUGUUCGAGGUCAGCGAAAGGGAGCUCAGCAUGCAGUGGGGCCGCUCGCAGGAGCAGCUCGGGCUGCUCCCCACCCAGCGGUAUCGCCUGUACCAGAUCCGCCACGCGGGGCCGUCCCACGACAUCCUCAUGGGGGUCCGCACGCUCCUCGACGUCAAGCGCCGAGGGAGGUGGAGCUCGGACGCGACCGUCAAGCGGUACGAGGCGGCGGGGGUGGUGCAGCAGGAGUGGGCCAAGCUGUCGUCGGCACAACAGGCCGCCGCGUCUCGCGCGGCGGAGUGGAUGCAGUCUCAGGAGCUGUACUGCGGCACGCGCGGGAUCCUCGACAGCGCGGGCCGCCAGGGCAUCGGCGGCGUCGGCUGGGACACGGAAAUCAGUUCAAAGGCCGGCCUCUCGAGUGCGGCCGUCAUCAGGAGCAUCGCCCGCGACUUCCAAACGGGCAAGAACCGCUUCGGGCUGAGUGGGGUGUUCGCA